AUGGGUAUUGCCAUCAAAGGCACAGGCAAUGGGAAUUGCGACACCAGCCAACAAGCCAACUUUCGGACAGGCAUGAUCAAGGCUUAUGACGCCCGCCACUCUACGCAGCCAUGGAUUUGGUGCCCCAUUCUGGGUGAUUUUGACGAAGAAGAAAACAUACAAGCAUCCCACCUGUUCCCAUAUAUGAAUGGGCAGGAUACGAUGGAUGCUAUCUUCGGUAAGACGCGACCGGAGGAGCUUUCCUCGCCUCGAAAUGGCCUUCUUCUGUCUAGAAGGCUUGAAAGAUACUUCGAUGCUGGCAAAUUUGCUAUAGUACCGGAUAUUCCUGAAGCUCAGAAGCAUGUCCUAGCAUCCGUGAAGGGUUGGCUCAACUGUGAGCCUCGGGAGUACCGAGUCAAGCUUAUUGACCCGGACUGGGAGAGGAGGGAUGAGAAGGUCUCCCGACAUCACCCUAUCACAUUCGGAGAGCUGGACGGCCGCCAGCUCAAGUUCCGUUCGAGCUUUCGCCCUGCUGCUCGAUAUUUGUACUUCCACUACUGCGUCCAGAUGCUACGCAUGUGCUGGCAGCAUAGUAGCCAAGGGAAGUCCAGCCAGGCGGCUGCAAUCCUCCAGGCAGAGGAGGGAAAGCUAUUCUGGGGAACUGCGGGGAGAUAUCUCCCGCGCAACAUGCUGUUGGCCCUCGUAGAAGAGAUGGGCCACGAAUACAAAUUCGUGCUGGACGGGGCUACGAGGAGUCGGUCGGAUGAUGAUGACCUUCUGCUGGGAGUUUGUGCUCGAAAUAUCAAGGCGCGGCCAUCAAUUUUGGCCCCUGGGGUUUUCCAACCUUGUUCAGAAGACGAGGUUUCCGGGAUUGAAGGGGAGGAAAGUGAUGACGAGUAG